AUGGAGAUCGUCGAUGUUCAAGUUCUUGAGGAAGGCACGGAAAGGCAGAUUGACGAGAUGGCCUCCCUUGCGAUGGCAUGCUUAAAGCAUAGAGGAGAGGAGAGGCCUACCAUGAAAGAAGUGGAGCUAAGACUACAUGUCAUGAGAGGGAAGAUGGUGAUGAAGAGAAAUCAUGAGUUAGAAAGGCAUGGUGAAGCUGUGACAUUGUUACCUUCAAAUUAUUCCAACAAUUUUAGCACUAGUUUUGGGGCUGCUAAUUCAUCAAAUCAAUGUGUCACUCGAUGUUGUACAAUGGAGCAAGAACUAGUUUCUUGGACGGACCUACCUUGCUAA